AUGUGCCUGCACUUGACUCCACUCAUCGCGUCCGGACCGAAUGCAAUGGCCUACUUUAAGAGACUACACGACGACUUCCGGAGCCAGUGGCUGGUUUUGCUGCUGCAAGUGCAGAACUACUACUUCGACAUAAACGCUGACAUUAGAAUGUUUCCUCAUCUCUGGUACUUAUCUGUAGACUUCCAAUUCUUUCUUGUCACCUUGCCAAUACUUCUGCUACUGAGGAAUCGUCCUAAAAUAUCUGUGGCUAUAUUUGCACUCCUAUCUUUAGUAGGAUGCUCAGUGUCAGUUUGGCAAGUCGCCGGUACGGACAUGACACCUUUCGUCGUCGUGAUCAGCGAGUCAAUAACAACAAUGGUGAAGACUGGCUACCUCUACUACUUCUACCCGUUCUACCAUGCAGUGUGCUAUUUCUCGGGUUGUAUAACAUUUUUCUUGGUGGCAUGGUUCAAGGAAAAGAAGAUACCAAAGACUACAAUCAAGUGUGGCCGCCCCUGCCACGGCCAGCAGCAACCACCAGUGCAUCAAGCCCGGGCACUACAGCAAAUUGACCAUGGCGGGCACCACCCACGUACUUCAGUGUCUUCGUAG